AUGACAAGUGGUGAUUUUGUGAAGGAUAUGACAAGCAAAUUUGACAAAUUGAACAAGUUUGAAGGGCAAGAUUUUCAUAGAUGGCAGAAGAAGAUGCACUUUCUCCUUACCACUCUGAAAGUGGUGUAUGUUUUGAGUACACCCAUGCCAGUCUUACUAGAAUCGGUUGAAGAUGAACCUUUGGAGGCAACAAGAAGGAGAUCAAAGUGGGAAAAGGAUGAUUACAUAUGUCGUGGUCAUAUUUUCAUUGAUGCUUCUAGCAAGAAGUUUCUUGUCAGUAACUUUAUAGGUUACAAGAUGAUUGACUCCGGGCCUAUUAUGGAACAAUUCCAUGAAAUGUUAAGGAUCCUAGGACAGUUUGCUCAACACAAUCUGAAAAUGGAUGAAGCCAUUUAUGUGGCCAUGAUAAUUGACAAAAUGCCCCCUUCCUGGAAAGAUUUUAAACAUAAUAUGAAACAUAACAAAGAGGAAUUAACUUUGACUCAACUUGGAAUUCAUUUACGGAUUCAAGAGUCCUUAAGGACUCAAGAACUUGAUAACAAUCCUAAAGGCAAGAACCAAGUUGGUUCCUCUUCUGUGAACAUAGUGGAAGCAGAAAGUUCAAAGAAUCCCAAGAAGUCUAAUGUAAAAAAGGAGAAUUAUAUUUCUGUUAUUUCUAAAGCAUUUUAUGUACAUGAUGAUGAUGUUGCAUGGUGGGUUGAUUCGGGAGCAACAAGCAAUAUAUGUAAAGAUCUUCGUUGGUUCAAGGAAUGUCAACCAAUUGAACCUGGAUCUGUGGUGAAAAUGGGAAAUGCUACAACUGAACCAAUAAAGGUUGUAGGAUCUGUUUUACUUUAA